AUGGGCGAGUUUUACUAUGCGGCUAAGGCGUUUGAUGGACUUGAGAAGAUCGAUCCUUCCCCGGAGAACUGGCAAGGGAAGCGAGGUGCGACCAGUGGCUUGUUCAAGAUGUUGGUUCAAGGGAAGGCCACAAAUGAGCAAAUGUCGGAAGUUCUGCACCUGCUCGAUCGUGGAAAUCAUCCUCAAGCAGAUUUCGUGUCAUCAACGAUACGGAGAUGGGCGAAGAAUCACGAAAUUACAUUGGAUUGA